AUGAUUCGGAACUGCAAUGCUUGGCACACCACCAUGCGAUGGUUGGGUGCUCUUGCAGUUGCCGUCUUUUUUGUUCAAUCAUCAUUAAUACUUUAUGUAUAUUCUCUCUCGUUUUCUAAUCACUAUCAGAACAGUAAAUUACAAAUUUCAAUUUCUGAUGAACGAUCGGAACAAGCUCAACCAAAACAAACAAAUAUCAAACCAUACAAUGAAGGACAAGCUGGAUUGAAGGGACAGUUAGUACCUAUAAAUUUCUAUCAACACCCCAUGAUAGGAGUUGAGUGUUUCUACGGAUACAUUUUUCCGAAUUGUUCAUGUACGCAGCACUUCCCAACGAAAAAUAGAGGAUUAACAAGAAAUUCAGAUGAUUGUUAUGGACCCAAAUGCCUCAUGAUAAGCAGCAACUAUCGCGUGCAAAAAGAAAUUCUUGGAAAUUAUUCUUGUGUAUUGAGAGAGCAAUCCGGUCAAGCUGUUGUAGACUGCAGUCACAACGGCAAUCCUAAUAUGGAUAAUUUGUUUUACUUUUCAGAAUGCAAUCCUUAUGUACCAAGACCUCAUUUAAGUCGAUUUUUAAAUGUGACAAAUGUAUUGAACUUGAUUGAUCAUGAAUUUAGAUUUGAAAGUAUUGAUGAAAAUCGACAUAAAUCAAUUGUGAAAUGUCCACUCAAAAGAACUACAGGUACUUAUCUUAUAGGUUAUUCACUUCAAGUUGAUGUGCAUGUGCAUGAAAUAUCAGAUGGUUUUCAUGACACAACAUGGGUCACCAAAGUUUUCAGUUGUAAUUCAACUUCGAUUGAAAAUUCCUCACCUCUUUCUUCGGGAGAUAAAUUUUUGCAGUUACUUCUCGUUAAGAAUAAAUAA